AGAGAUAAAGGGUCUUAUCAAAGCUAUACUCGUUCACCUCUACACAGUAAAUAUUGUACUGUGAUACCACACGAAUUAUGGACAGAUAUUUGAAGCUUCAUUAGCUGAAUUGUUAAGCUCAUCAUGGGAGCGAUUAAUUUAUUAUUGGUGUACUUUGCAUUGAUAUGCUCAACCCAUGCAGCUUUCUAUAAUCCAAUUUCGGAUGUCAAUUGGCCGGAUCCGUACGCAUAUUAUCACGCCGCCGAUGGAUAUUACUAUAUGCCCCGUUCGGAAGAUACUGGAGUUACUCUGUACAGAAGUCGUAACUUAGACAAUUGGCGAAGCAAUGACAGUACACGAGUCUAUACAGCGCCACCAGGUCUGGAUGAAGUGUGGGCACCGGAAAUUCAUUAUAUUGGCGACAAUUUCUACAUUUAUGUAGCAAUACAAACAGGUGGUCUGAAUGCCAAUCAUAGGAUGUAUGUAAUGCAAGCUAAUGAUCCGGAUGAUCCGAUGGGGACGUGGAGUGAUGCUCAAAGAAUGAUUGUUCCGGAAGAAGAUUAUUGGGCAAUAGAUGGAACUGUUUUAGAGUAUGGCAAUGGAAAAUUAUAUUUCAUUUGGUCAGGUUGGCCAGCAAUAGAUUCAGACUUUCCACAAAAUCUUUACAUAGCGGAAAUGUGUGAUCCAUCGACUAUUUGCGGUCGUCGUGUAUUGAUUAAAACAGUUGACUACGCUUGGGAAAGGAACGGUGCUGAUCUGAUUGAGGGACCGCAAAUUUUACACAACGCUGGUCGCGUUUUCCUCGUGUAUUCUGCAUCGGGAAGUUGGACGCCCGAUUACAUAGUGGGAUUUAUGGGCAUCGAUAACUUAGCUGACCCACUUGACUACAACAAUUGGUGGCGUCACGAUCAGCCAGUAUUUUGGAGAAAUGACGAAGAAAAUGUAUACGGUGUGGGACAUGCCUCCUUGACAACAUCUCCAGACGGCACUGAAGCGUGGAUAGUUUAUCAUGCAAUGGCGGAACCAAAUGCUGGUUGGUUAGGUCGAACAGCACGUGCACAAAAAUUCUAUUGGAACCUUGACAAUUCACCAAACUUUGGACGGCCUCGAGGAUUCGCAAUUUCUCUCGAAUCGCCGUCAAAUACUAGAACGACAACUACUGAUGCUCCUGGCUGUGGUUCUUCGAUAACAUCGAAACCAAUAAUAAGCAUCGUAUUACUUUAUGUAGUCUUUAAGCUCAGAGGUGCUUUAAUAUAGAAGUGUAUUUUUCGCUCUGCGCCUUUUCGAAUUUUUGUCUUUUGAAUUA